AUGGCCAAACGAUCGAGAGAGCCAGAGACUGCUGAGGAGCCUGUGGACGUCAGUGUGAAGAAGCAGAAGGUCAAGAAAGACAAGAAAGACAGGAAGGAAAAGAAGGAGAAGAAGGCGAAGGUCGCCGACGAGAGUGAUGAUGGCGUGACGAUCGCCAUUCACGAGGAUACCGUAGGUGAGGAUACAGAGAAACCGCAGCUAUCGAAAGAAGAGCGCAAAGCGCUGAAGCGUGCAAAGAAAGAGGCAGCAAAAGCAGCAGCGGCGCAAGAAGCAUCCGAGGAGGUCGCGGAAGCGAAAGAGGACGAUGAGGCUGCUGCCAAAGCAGAAAAGAAGGCACGAAAGAAGGCGGAAAAGGCUGCAAAGAAAGCGAGCGCGGUGGUCGAGUCCAAUGGACAGAGCAACGACGAGGCUGGCAACGGACAAGUGACGGGCGUGGGUAAGCCAGAAGCAGAAGCAUACUAUGCUCAAGAAAAGAUUUCUGUGGAAGAUCCGUUGAAGCAGAAUGCCGGCCCCGUGCUGUCUUUUGAGAGCUUGCCAUUCGAUGCCGACACUCGAACUUCAUACUUUUCUGGCUUUAGCAAGCCGACUCCCAUCCAGGCCGCAUCAUGGCCCUAUCUCCUCAACGGCCGGGACAUGAUCGGUGUCGCCGAGACAGGAUCUGGAAAGACCUUCGCAUUCGGAGUACCGUGCAUCAACCGAGUGAAGAAAGACCGUAAGCGUAUCCAAGUGUGCAUUGUCAGCCCUACUAGAGAGCUUGCACUCCAGAUCCAUGAGCAGAUGGCCAAACUGGCUAAACCUAAAGGGCUGAAGGCGACAUGUGUAUUCGGAGGUAUGAGUAAAGAUGACCAACGUGCACAGCUGAAGGGCUGUCACAUCUUGGUCGCAACGCCUGGAAGAUUGAACGACUUCAUCGGGGACGGCACGAUUGAGCUUUCUGACGUCAACUACCUCGUACUGGACGAGGCGGAUCGCAUGCUGGAUAAGGGAUUUGAACAGGAUAUUCGGAAGAUCAUCACCGCCGCGGAAGGCAAGAACAGACAAACACUCAUGUUCACAGCCACAUGGCCCGAGUCGGUCCGCAAGCUCGCGUCCGAAUUCCUGAAGGAUCCAGUCAGAAUCACAAUCGGCGACAAUGCUUCAGGCGAGCUGCGAGCAAACACCAGAAUCAAGCAAGAAGUCUACGUGGUGGAGGAGAUGGAGAAGCAAAAUCGCCUCUUCGAGACGCUUAAGCAGUAUCAGUCUGGCAAGAACAAAAAAGAUCGCAUACUGGUCUUCGCUCUUUACAAGAAGGAGGCUUCACGGCUCGAGGAGUUUAUUCGCAGGAGGGGCUUCCCUGUGGCCGGCAUUCACGGCGAUCUCAGUCAAAGCAAGCGUAUGGAAAGCUUGGAUGCCUUCAAGAAGGGAGACGUGCCCUGCUUGGUUGCGACAGAUGUUGCAGCUCGUGGUCUGGAUAUUCCAGCUGUCAAGGUCGUCAUCAACGUGACGUUCCCAUUGACCGUUGAGGAUUACGUGCAUCGUAUUGGAAGGUGAGUGGCGACGUUAACCUAGAGCACGUCCACAAUGGCUAACAGCUCUAACAGAACCGGUCGCGCUGGCCAGGACGGUUUGGCCAUCACUUUCUUCACGCAGAACGAGAAAGGUCUUGCAGGUGCACUGAUCAAUGUGCUCAAGAAGGCUGAGCAACCCGUACCGGAGGAACUACUCAAGUUUGGAACGACAGUUAAGAAGAAGAGUCACGAUGCAUAUGGUGCAUUCUACAAGGAUCCUGCAGACAUGAAGGCGGCUACCAAGAUCACUUUCGACUAG